CAAAACCACCACACACGCUUCAAAAACUUGUACAUACCGCAUUACAACUUAUACAUAAUUCACAACCCAUCGUCUUUAUCCAACAAACAAACCCUAAACAUUUCAAUUCUUCAACCAGAAGAAAAACUAGUGGCUCAUAGUCACAAAUAGAUCAGUUUAAUCAUCAAUGAUACAUUAACAACAGAAUACGAAAAUGAGCAACGCCUACAUAACUAGUAUGCGCGGCAUUCGGCAUAAACCACCACCGAUUCACUUCUCGGAAAGGAAGAAUUCGCAGGUUGACUUUUUCAGAUUGGUACAUAACCCUGCAUUGACUUCACUAGCCUGCAACUCACUACCGUUGACCUUGACUAGUCAACUCUCCCCCUCAGAUUCCCCGGCCCAACGAUCAGAAGAAUGGUUUGCUUUGCGAAAGGAUAAGUUAACAACUAGCGCGUUUAGUACCGCACUUGGUUUUUGGAAAGGUAAGCGAAGAUACGAGCUUUGGCAUGAAAAAGUGUUUGUUUCAGAUAUGGAAUCCAUGAUCAUACCCGAGGCAAUACGGGCUAUGGAAUGGGGCGUAACUAAUGAGUCAAAAGCUAUUGAAAAUUACAAAAGCAUUACGGGUCGUGAAGUGAGUUUAUUAGGGUUUGCUACCCAUUCCGAAAGCAAGUUUGAUUGGAUCGGUGCAUCUCCAGACGGGCUUCUCGGACGUGAUCCUAAUUUAGGGAUUCUUGAAGUGAAAUGCCCGUUUAAUAAAGGGAAGCCCGAAUUAGCUUUGCCUUGGACCAGUAUGCCGUACUAUUACAUGCCGCAAGUUCAGGGCCAAAUGGAAGUUUUGGAUAGAGAUUGGGUUGAUUUAUAUUGCUGGACGUUAAACGGAAGCACCAUAUUUCGUGUUUGUAGAGAUCGAGAAUACUGGAUGUUAAUUUACGGGAUAUUAAGGGAGUUUUGGUGGGAAAAUGUGGUCCCCGCUAGAGAAGCUUUGGCUAUGGGAAAUGAGGAGGAAGUUAAGAAAUAUGAACCAACUUCGACGCAUAAGCAAACGGCUUUAGCUAUCCGUAAAAGCAUAGAGUUGGCUAACGGGUCUAAGCUUUUAUGUAGAGAAAUUGCAGGGCAUAUUGAGUUCUUCAGGUAAAGAUAAAGAAAAAAACCGCAAGAUGGACGUUUUCGGCUCAAAGGGAACUUCAUGGGCCGAUCAGUGGGACCCGCAAGAUCACCCGGCUAGUGAAAAGAACAAGAAGGCGAAAGAUGGGUCCGUGAAGGGUAAAGAUGCGAUGAAGUCGAUUUUGACCCUUGCUUGGAUGAAGAAUAUUGGAAAGAAAUCUGAUAAAUAAUCAUAUUAUGGCUUAUGUAAAUUGUGUUUAUUGAAUGACCAACAAAAAAUAUUGAUUUCGUUCUCU